GUCAAGGAGGCAACAGUAGGAUCCACAUCCCACAUGAGACAACAAGCAGAGGAGACCCUCAGAACAGGUUGAAGACAUCAUGGGAAACACCCAUCGCCAGUGCAGCAUUGAGGUUGAGAAUAAGACCUCUGGGUACACGCUGCGUGACCCAAGUUGGUACACUCACAGUGGAUCCUGUAAAAUACCUUUUCCACUGAAGAUUGGCCCGUCUGAAUCUGGCAGCGCUCUGUUCAUCAAGACUCCUCAUACAGCCCGUGGAUCUGUUGGAGUCUUCACCUACGAUCUCCUGAAUGGAUGCACAAAUCAACUCGAUGGAAAAAUAGCUGUUAUGUUUGAUAAUCCUUAUGAUUUCAGCCUGUACUAUAACUCGUGUGCAGUGGGAGUCUUUGACAUGGCCAAAAAAUGUGAUCGUGAUCUUCAUUAUCAGAUGGCUAAAGAAACAGAGAAAGGGUUUGUCAGAGGUAAACCUGCAGACGGCACUCUGACUUACAGUAAACUUGUUACCAUCAAAGCCACCAUGUCAGACACUUGCCAACCUGACAUCAAGGUGCAAGUUUUAAAUGUGUGGGAAAAGUGAGUGAGAAAGUUGACAUAUUAAGCAACCAGGGUUGGAAAUGAACGGGGGCUCGGGGUAAAACGCCCCUAAAAGAAUGUAAAGUUGCCUUUGAAUUGGGAUAACGGGGCUUUUAAAUGUAAAAUAACCAGUUAAACAAAGACUUAAUAUGUUUUAGAAAGUGUGUCCUGAUUUAGUCCAAAGCUGUCAGAGUGCACGUUAUUUUAAACCACAGAGAACAGAACAUGAAGACAAUCAGCAACGUUGUUGAGAUGAUGAACUGUGACGUUACGUAAUGUUUGUUUAUUCUUUAUACUUUUGAUGAAAUGUGCAUUAAAUGAUUAAAAAUACUCCCAGUUAUAAUCUGUAACUGGGAUUAUAACUCACUGAGUAUUUUUACCCAUUAAAUGUUCUUACAUUAUAAAUUAGGCUGCUCUCAUCACUUUUUUUAAUAGGAGUCACUGAAUAUUGAUCAGUCAUGCAACAUAGAAAUGCCCUCAAAAAUUUCCUACCUGCUGCAAACCUGUCAGACCUGAUUCUUUCUGCUCUCAACAUUUAUUUUCUAGUUUAUUCUCAGCUUUUUCCUCCAUGCAUUCAAUCAACUAUCAAUCAAUCAAUCAGUCAAUCAA